UUACAAACGUCACUCACUAUUUUCGGGCCAACUCAUCGGUAUUUCUCACCGCAAUAUGUUUGUUUUUCAAUUCGAUUUCUAAUGAAGAUUACUGAAUAUACUGCUUAGUAAUUAAUAGAAAUAAUUAAUUAAGAUGGAGGUACAUUAUCUCGUGCUCCUUUUGAGUAUUUGUUGGCAUGGAAGUGAGGCUAUUAUGUGGACCCUGUCUCCCAACACACAAAAGUGUUUAAAAGAGGAGCUGCACGCCAACGUGUUGGUAGCUGGUGAAUACGAGGUCACGCAGGUGGCCAGCCAGCGAGUCGACUACAUUGUCAAAGACUCAAAAGGUCACAUCCUGUCACAGAAAGAGAACAUCAGUAAAGGAAAGUUCACAUUUGUGACGGAGACAUAUGACAUGUUUGAGGUGUGCUUCAUCUCGAAGGUGCCCCCACAGCACCGUGCGGUGCCACAAGAUGUGGUACUAGACAUCAAAAUUGGUAUUGAGGCUAAGAACUAUGAGGGUAUUGGUGAAGCAGCCAAGCUGAAGCCCAUGGAGCUGGAGCUGAAGCGGCUGGAGGACCUCUCGGAGGCCAUCGUGCAGGACUUCACGCUCAUGAGGAAGCGCGAGGAGGAAAUGAGGGACACUAACGAGUCGACCAACAACCGAGUGUUAUUCUUCAGUGUAUUCUCGAUGGUGUGUCUGCUUGGGUUGGCCACGUGGCAGGUGCUGUACCUACGUCAGUACUUCAAGGCCAAAAAACUCAUUGAAUAGCACCACACUCCGUCUGUUGUGCAUAAAGUCACGCACUGACCCGAUAUUUUAAGGCUGUAUGGAUCUUAUACCUUUGCCUGUGUAAUGUUUAAAAAAAUAUGUAGUAAUCUAUGGUUUCUUGCUAACGAUUUUUCUUUGUUUUGGUUGGUUUCUGUUAUUUGUUAGUCGUUUGUUUUUAUCUGAACAAAUACUUAUUAUACAGUGCAGAUGAUAAUUUUAAGUAGAUCCUAGUUUCAUUUUGCUAGUUCUUUUUUUAUAUUAUAAGAGUUUAUAUUCAAAGUACUUACAUAUUUUUAGCAUUACUGGGCAUUGGUAUAAGAUACUUAUUUAUGUAAUUAGUCCCAUAGUAUGUUUGUGACCAUAAAGUUAUUACAUUAGGAAUCAACUUUCAUCUCAUCGACAUAAAAUUCUACCCACUGUGUGACUUUAUGCAUUAUCAUGUUAGAUCUCGUGAUUUUUGUCAUCGCGUCAUAUAAUUUAACGAUUUAAUAAAAAUAAUUUUGAUUA